UACUUUGCUUGAAGUCAGGGAGAAGGCAGGCUACAUAGAGCCAAAAUUAAGUCAUCAUUUGUUCACAAAGCUGAAAUUAUUUUGAUUACUUGAAAAUUAACUGUAAUCUUACUUUUCUUCCUUCUUCACUGGGAAAGGGAUCUAUCACUCUUGAAUUGUCCUCUUCCUCCCUUAACCAACCCAGCAUGCCAGUGUUUCUGAAACCCAGGUAUGAUCUUCCUGGUUCCUAGCAAGGCGUGUGGGCUAUGCUCUCUUUCAGCCAGUGUGCCGUGUUCGGUGGCCCCAGAAAAGUCAGUGUGUAGGCCUCAGCCACCUCAGGUCCGACGUACAUUCUCCCUGGACACCAUCCUCACUUCCUACCUUUUGGGCCAGUGGCCACGAGAUGCUGAUGGGGCCUUCACCUGCUGUACCAAUGACAAGGCCACCCAGACCCCCUUAUCCUGGCAAGAGCCGGAAGGUGAGCUGGCCAGCUCCUGCAUGCACAAGCGCUCAGCAUCCUGGAGCAGCACAGACCAUCGAAAAGAGAUCACCAAAUUGAAGCAACAACUACAGAGGACAAAAUUGAGCCGCGGUGGGAAGGAGAAGGAGCGGGGCUCCCCCCUCCAAGGGGACCACACUGUGCGGGGUUCUGUGAGGAUGUCCCCUCCCAGCUUUCCCUCAGGGUCCCCUGUUCUGCGACUCAGCCCCUGCCUGCAUAGGAGCCUGGAAGGCCUCAACCAAGAGCUGGAGGAGGUGUUUGUGAAGGAGCAGGGCGAAGAGGAGCUGCUGAGGAUCCUUGAGGUCCCUGAUGGGCACCGUGCUCCGGCUCCUCCACAGAAUGGAAGCUAUGAUCAUCCCCUCCUCCUCCUGGAGCCAGGCAACCUUGCUAGCUCUCCCUCCAUGCCUUUGGCAUCUCCCCAGCCUUCUGGCCAGGCCAACCGUGAGGAGUACCAGGGUGCCAUUGAAGAGUUGGCAUCUGUCUCCAGUGACAAAGCUUCUUCUCUGGGCCACCAAACCUUCCUUGAAGAUGGCAGCCCAUCUCCAGUUCUUGCUUUUGCUGCCUCCCCUCGGCCCAAUCACAGCUAUGUCUUCAAACGGGAGCCCCCAGAAGGCUGUGAGAGAGUGCGUGUGUUUGAAGAGGCCACGUCCCCAGGUCCUGACCUGGCCUUCCUGACUUCCUGUCCUGACAAGAACAAAGUCCAUUUCAACCCGACUGGCUCGGCCUUCUGCCCUGUCAACUUGAUGAAGCCCCUCUUCCCGAGCAUGGGCUUCAUCUUCCGUAACUGCCCCUCAAGCCCGGGCUCUCCCCUUCCCCCUGCCAGUCCCAGGGCACCACCUCGGAAGGAUCCAGAGGCUUCCAAGACCUCUCCACUGCCAUUCGAGCCAUGGCAGCGCACCCCACCAUCAGAAGAGUCCGUGCUUUUCCAGAGCUCCUUGGUGGUCUGAGGGGAUUCCCCUAACACACCCCAAACACACACUUUACUGCGGAGACCAGUGCCUUGGUGGCAGGCCCUUUAGCUCCCCGAGUUGGGGGAUAGAGGAGCCCCUCCCUCUCGGCCUUUGAGCACUUUCAUUUAUUGUGUCAAAGCCCCAAGUCCUCUCUCUGAUGGACACCAGCCCCUCUGAAUGUGAGGGGACCUGCCUUCUCCACUAGCAGCCGUGCAGCUCACAAAUUAACACGUGUACCUGCUGCUUCCCACACCUGGCGGAAACUCACCCAGAAGGUCUUGAGUCCGACACCACAGGGUGUGAGUCCAGUUGACUUAUAGGAGGCUCUUGUUGUCAUGGAGCAAAUUGGCCAUGACUGAGAGAAGAGACAUCACAGAUUUCCUUCCUGCUCCACCUCCAGAGACACGAAGAGCAGACCAGAAAUAGAUAGGCCAUUCCCAUGCCUUUUUCUCUUUGGAGUGCUGACCAAAGCGGCCCUAAAGGGCCAUAACACUUGACCAAUUCAGCUGCUAGCAGAGGGGGGGAACCAAGUGUUUUCCCAAGUGGCAUUUUCAUCUCACUUUCACCCUGACUAAAGAUUGUCUUAAGCAUCAGUCCAGCCCCCAGGUCGGGAGGGGUGGGUGGCUGGAAAGCUUGGCAUUCCUCCAAGUUGGAAGUGGUGGUCCCACACCCUCCAUCUGCCCCUGGGCUGGGGUUGGAUUUGAAAAAUGCCUAUUUUUCUUGUACCUUUCAGUGUAGAAACUCUAUUUUCUCCCAAAGACACUAUUUUUGCAGCUGUUUGAAGUUUGUAUAUUUUCUGUAUUGCAGAGCUUACACAAAAUUGAAGAAUGUUAAUGUUUGAGGUUUUUUUAUCUUGUGUUUAGAAGUUGAGUUUUUUCUUUUUG